UGAACACGACAACAAAUUAAACACAUUUCUCCUAUUUUGUAAACAAAGAGUGGUUCGCUUCCGGAAAACGGGAUAAAUUGUGAAUUAUGCAAUAAAAUGAAUUAGAAAAUUGUGAAGAUGAGUGCGGCGGGGUAUGAUUUAAAUACUGUAUCGUUUCGUGAGCCGACACCGAAACGGCAUGUGGCCCAGAUUCCGUUAUACGUGACCGUACCUGAAAUUUUGACCAGCAGGUCCCUGGGUUUCCAUAACAGGCCCAUAGGUUUUACUGAUGCCGUAAAGGCCAGUGUAUAUAGUUCAUUUGAUUCUGUAGCAAUCGAUCCCGAUAGUAGAAAGUCUGAUAAUUACUGGGGAGGCAUUUUUAACUUUGAAUUUAGCCAUAAUGGCAAACUUUUGGUUGCUGCAUGCGAGGGAAAGCAGGUUCUUAUUUAUGAUGCGGGCAAUCAAAAAAAAAUAGAGACAAUUGAAACUGCCCAUUUAAAUUGUGUAAACUGUAUUAAGUUCCUAGAUGAAAGGACCUUCGCCACUGGUUCAGAUGAUGCUCUUAUUAAAUUAUGGGAUAUAAGGAAAUUAGAUAAAUGCAUGAAAACAUUGCAUGGGCAUUCAAGUUGGGUGAAAAAUAUUGAAUGGUCUGAAGAGGAACAUGUUAUGGUAACAUCAGCAUUUGAUGGAACUGUAUAUGCUUGGAACUUAAAUGAUAGAACUGAGAAUAACAUGUUAUUUGAGAAGGUAUUCCUUUUGAGUGGCUUAAUGAGAAUGAAACUAACCCCAGAUGGAAAAAAAAUGCUCAUCACCACUACAGCAGGUUUCAUGAUAAUCAUCCAUAACUUGAACUUGUUGACCCUAGCACUAGAUCUGAGAUCAUUUAGGCCAAACCUUUAUCGUCUAAUGCAAACUAGUGAACAAUGUUUUCCAGUAGCUACUACCUAUAACUAUCUUUUUGACCCAAAACGCACCAGAAAUCGCAUUGAAUUCAUAGACGAUUUUCCGAAUGAGUCUGAGGUAAUCAGUUCUCUGCAGAUCCAUCCUCACGGAUGGGCAGCAGUAUCUAGAAACCUUAACAGUGAGGAGAAUGAAGAGUGGACGGCGGUACAUGAUAUUCAGGAUAGAGAUGCAAAAGACUAUGAGGACUCAUUUAUGUAUACAGAAGACUGUGUUGAUGAAUAUACAUUUGAUACUCCUUCAAAUGAUGAAUCUGCUGACAGGGUUCAUCAGAGACCAACUGACUUGUGGCUGGGAUAUACAUUAUUAGAGGAUUACAAUGCAUUAGAAACAACAGCUGGGACCACUCGACAGGAAAUGGGUAUAGUCAGUAGUGGACUUAUUGGCUCCAGUGCACCAUAUAAUGCAUACUUCCAAAAUCAUCCAGACGAAAGGAAUAAGGUGAUCUUGAACUUAAAGAGAAUGACCCACUAUAUCAAGGAAAAAAAUGUAGGCAAAGGCUUCAUAAAAGAAGUGGCCAUCUCUCCUGAUGGGCGGGUAAUCUGCUCUCCAUACGAUAGAGGAAUAAGACUACUGGCAUUUAAUCAAAGCUGUCAAGAAAUGUCAGAAUGUGUGCUCGAUGAACCUAAGGAAUUACACCCUAUAGUAGAAAUGAAUGAUUACCAUAGGGAUGUUGUUGUUUCUUGUAAAUUUAACCCUAUGCAUUAUCAAUUAGUUAGUGGGUGUUUGGGUAGUCAGAUUAAUUGGUAUCAGCCUGUGUUGUAAAUUAAAACUUUUGCAAUUUAAAUAACUUUUCACCAUAAAUAUUCUGGGAGAAUGUUUUUCCAAGUUUUAAGGGAUGUUGGCUCUACUCAUCCACAAUCCUGAUAAAAACGAAUAAAAUUUACAGGGAUAACUCAACUCAAGGGUUGAAAAACUGUAAAAAUUUUAUAGAAGAAUAUCAACAAAAAAAAACAUUUAUAAAAUCAUGUGUUAGAUCAGAAGGUGUUUUAUUUUUAGAAUUACAGUGAAACUUCUCUAACUCGAAUCUUCAAGGGACAGACUAAAAAAUUCGACUUACAGAAAAAAACGCCUAAUUAAGGGGUUAUUGUUUAUUAGUACCAAAAAAGUAUUUUCUUCGUAUAAAACUAAAAUUUUGUAUGUUGUAUGUGUUACAUAAUAUGUAUGCAUAUCAAUAUGUUUAUAAAUUUUUUUUAAAGAAGUCAGUUAUUUUUUUUGGUGUGAAAUUGGUCCAUUUUUCCUUAUCUAUAAAAUCUUCUAAUAAAUUUAAAGAAUUGUGUAUUUCAUAUGGAAUAUUUUCUCUGGAUAAAAUAAAACAUCUUAUCUUUUCAAUAGCAGAAAUCGUCUCGUCAAUUGCAGGUGUCGGAACAGUCUCACCUUCGCUUUGGCCAUCAUCUUCAUUUUCUUCAGGGUCUGAAACAAUACAAAACAAUUUUUACAAUCUAAAAAGGCAUAAUCUAGACUAGCCUACCUUUUUUAUUUGGAACAAGAUUUUCUAUUACGCUUUCUAGGAUCUCUUCAUCAGUUGGAAAACCUGUUAUUUGUACAUUAUCAUCAAUCGUCACAUAGUCUUCAAAUGAAACAUCACUCAUGUCUAUAGCCCUUCUGUAUGAGGUCCACAGGGUUUUUAAUUCAGAUAAUGGAACAAGGUCAUCCUCGUCCCAGUUAUCAGCAUCUUGUUGAACUUUAUCUUUAACAAAUCCUGCUUUUCUAAAGCAAUUAGCAAUGGUUUGUUCUUUUACGUCCAGAGUCCACGUUUUAUUAAGAUCUUGAAUUGCGUCAAGUAACGCCACAGUUGUAGGAGUUGCCACUUCCAUAUGGGCUAAAACUUUCAUAACAAUCCGGUUCCUAUAAUGUUGCUUCAAAUUUUUUAUAAUUCCUUGAUCCAUGGGUUGUAAGAUUGACGUAAGGUUAGGCGGAAAAUAUUCAAGUUUAAUAUUUUUUAACUUAGAUUCAACAGACUUGGGAUGUGCAGGACAAUUAUCAACGAAUAGUAAAACUUUUCUUCUUUGGGCUGCAAAUUUCUUAUCAGGCUUUAAUAGCCAUUUUUCAUAAAUCUCACUUGUCAUCCAUGCUUUUUUAUUAUACUCAUAGUCCACUGCAAAUGAUUUAAUGCCCUUAAAACAACGUGGAUUCUUUGACUUACCAAUGAUUAGCAACCUAAGCUUUUCAGUCCCACUCAUACUACUUCCAACCAUAACUGUAAUUCGUUCCUUGCUGUUUUUGCCACCAUCGCAUUUUUGUCCUUUAAAUGCUAGUGUUUUGUUGGGUAAACAUUUAAAGAAAACUCCUGUUUCAUCAGCAUUAAAAAUGUCAUCCUUGUCAUAUUGACCGAUCAGAGUGGGCAAUACAUUCUUUUGCCAUUCUUCACAAGACGCCAAAUCUGCAGAAGCACUUUCACCUUAGACAUUUGAACGAUGUUAUGCCUAGUUUUAAACUUAUCUAACCAUCCUAUGCUAGCUGCAAAAUCGUCCCGCCCUAAAGCAGUUGCAAACUCUUUAGCUUUUUCUCUUAUAAGAGUUCCAGAUAGAGGGAGAUUUUUAUUUCGUGCCGUAGUAACCCACUUAAGCAUUGCUUCAUCAAUAUCUUCAUUCACACAAGGUGUAAGCCUUCUCCUCUUACAGUUUGAAGCGUAAUCACAAAAAACUGUAACCACAAAACCGCCACGUCGCGAUGAGAGCCUUUUUCCGUUUGAACUAAUAAAAAGAAAAAUGAUGCAAUAGCAAAUCCAUGUAAGAGAUUUUUUCCUAGAAAAAUGUCUGUACUUCCCCACAAAAUUCGAGUUAGCCAUCGGCAAUGCGUUAAACGUUAUUUCGACUUAUAGAAAAAUUCGAGAUAGAGAAAUUCGACUUAUAGAGAUAAAAUAUCAUAUAAACUUGAUGAUACCUUUUUUGGUAGUAUAAAAUAUUCGAAUUAGGGAAUAUUUCGAGAUAAAGAAGUGCGAAUUAGAGGAGUUUUACUGUAUUCUUAAAUUUGGAAUAUUUAUAAGAUAUUUGUAAAUGUUUGCUUUUGAAAACAUAAUUAAUAAAAUAAAACAGAGGUUUGUUGCAAUUUCUAGAUUUAAGUGCUAUAUUCCGUUUUACAAAAUUAGAGAUUUAUAAACAAUUUUCUUACAUUCAUUUUGUCAUACAGGUGUCAAGUGUGCAUUUGGAAAAGAUUUGCUGCAUUGUAAAUAAUAAACAGAACAAAUCCUGCAUACCUUCUAUAAAUCAGUUAAUAAAUUGUAAAUAUCAGCUAUAAAUUGGCAUUAUGCAAUAAGGAAUCAAGAGUUUUUUUUCUUAUUAUAUUUAAAUUGUUUUAAAAAUA